AUGGAGGACGAGGUAGCUGCGCUUGUUAUCGACAACGGUUCCGGCAUGUGCAAGGCUGGCUUUGCCGGUGAUGAUGCCCCCCGUGCCGUGUUCCCGUCCAUCGUCGGCCGUCCCCGUCACCAGGGUGUCAUGGUCGGUAUGGGUCAGAAGGACUCCUACGUCGGUGAUGAGGCCCAGUCGAAGCGUGGUGUCUUGACCCUCAAGUACCCCAUCGAGCACGGUAUCGUCACCAACUGGGACGACAUGGAGAAGAUUUGGCACCACACCUUUUACAACGAACUCCGUGUCGCUCCCGAGGAGCACCCCGUUCUUCUCACCGAGGCCCCGCUCAACCCUAAGGCCAACCGUGAAAAGAUGACCCAGAUCAUGUUCGAGACCUUCAAUGCCCCCGCCUUUUACGUCGCCAUCCAGGCCGUCCUCUCGCUCUACGCGUCCGGUCGUACUACCGGUAUCGUCCUCGACUCCGGUGAUGGUGUCACCCACACCGUCCCCAUCUACGAAGGUUUCUCGCUCCCCCACGCCAUCCUCCGUAUCGAUCUCGCCGGCCGUGACCUCACCGAGUUCCUCAUCAAGAAUCUGAUGGAGCGCGGUUACGCUUUCCACACCACCGCCGAGCGUGAAAUCGUCCGUGACAUCAAGGAGAAGCUUUGCUACGUCGCCCUCGAUUUCGAGCAGGAGCUUCAGACCGCCGCUCACUCGUCUGCUCUCGAGAAGAGCUACGAGCUCCCCGACGGUCAAGUCAUCACCAUCGGCAACGAGCGCUUCCGUGCUCCGGAGGCUCUCUUCCAGCCUGCCUUCCUCGGUCUUGAGGCCGCUGGUAUCCACGAGACCACGUACAACUCGAUCUACAAGUGUGAUCUCGACAUCCGUCGCGACCUUUACGGCAACAUCGUCCUCUCCGGUGGUACCACUAUGUUCCCGGGUAUUGCGGACCGCAUGCAGCGCGAGCUCACCGCUCUUGCGCCUUCAAGUAUGAAGGUCAAGAUCGUCGCUCCCCCUGAGCGCAAGUACUCGGUCUGGAUCGGUGGUUCGAUUCUCGCGUCGCUCUCAACGUUCCAGAACCUGUGGUGCUCGAAGCAGGAGUACGACGAGUCCGGCCCCGGCAUCGUCCACCGCAAGUGCUUCUAA